UUUCCUCCCCUUCACUUUGCUUUCGAACCAUCAUCCAUCACUCACACGACCAACACAAUCAACAUGUCUACUGAAACCGGAAAGAUCUUCAACGUCCAGGAGCCCACUGGCGCCGAAGCUGCCAAGCUUCAAACCACCGCUGCCCACGCGCAGGUCGAGGCAGGCAGCCCGGCAGCCGCCAGACAGGUCGAGAAGACCGCCGACCAGACCCAGCACGUUGCUGAGUCCGCCGCGACCGCCGCGAAGUCGAUCGGCAGCAGCUUGACCGGCGACGUUGGCGGCGGCACGACGCGUCUCGAACAGGAGGCUAGCGCGAAGACGAACGCAGCUGUCGCCUCGGGCCAGCAGAAUGUCGCCGCAGCGAAGGAGGCUGGCGCAGGAUACGUUAGCGCGGCCAAGGACUACGUCAACGCUGCUGUGGAAGUAGCGCAGAAUUACAUCCCCGAGUCCCUCGGCGGUCACGCACCGACACUCCAGGCCGGCGCACAGGCUGCGGCCACCGACGCCGGCAAGGUCCUCUCCGCCGCUCAACAGCAGGUCCAACCUGGCAUCGAGAAGGCCCGCGAGUUCGCCUCGCAAGGCUUCGCUAGCCAGGCGUCCGCUGCCGCCGACGCCACCACCGACCCGACGCCACCUGCCUCGUCUACCGGCAUCCCCGCGACGAGCGCACCGUUGCAAUCCGGCGCGCACGUCGUCGACACUCCGUAUCCGCCGGGCGAGCCGGUGAAGGCUGGCGCAGUUGCGAAGUAGAGGACUGGAUGGAAGGAAUGUAAUUUUGUUUCAUAAUCAGGGGAUACCCAAGUGUACUUUGUAGUGUACUGCUGCCGAUCUAAUGCACGAUCUUGCACCCGCAAAUG